AUGACCCAGGAUGGCACCGAUCGUUGGCUCGCUCAUGAUGAAGCGAGCGAUGAGCCAACGUCUUGGUGGGUAAGAAAGAGCCAACUUAUCCAGGCACCUGCGACUCGGUUCCUGGGUGAAGCCUGCUACCCAUCACUCGUACAAGACAUGAAUUAUCACGAUAAAGAAUGCAUGAAGCUGGCCCUUUCCAAGGUGCUAGGAGCGGGCAUGGUGGUCGGAGGGGCCAUCAUUAAAAUUCCUCAAAUUCUACUUAUUUUAAAGCAUCGAUCGGUGCAAGGCUUGUCGCCGCUUUCGUUUUUCUUGGAAACAUGUGCCUAUGUGAUUGUCCUCGUCUACAAUGUACGUCAUGGCAAUCCAUUCAAUACGUAUGGCGAGGUGUUCUUUAUGACGCUGCAGAAUAUCGUCAUCUCCUACAUGCUCUUUCAUUAUCAUCACCACAACAGCCUGGUGGACAAAGAAAAGAAGCGCGGUGGCCACCCUACUGCUACUGCUACUGCUGCUGCUGCUGCUGCUGCUGCUACCUUCUUGUGGGUGAUGCCUGACGGGUGCAUGUCGUUUUGUUUUGCUGCUCAAAUACCCAUUGGACUCGCCAGCAAAAUUCCUCAGAUGCGAGAGAAUCACAAGCAUCAAUCCACAGGACAACUCUCUGUGUUUGCUGUCCUCAGCUCUUUUUUUGGCACCGUCGCUCGUGUUUUCACAACAUGGACAGAAAUCCACGAUGACGUGGUGAUGUUGGGAGGUAACUUGAUAGCGAGUCUCUUGAAUGGCGUUUUAGUGUUACAAAUGGCCAUGUAUUGGCGAAAUACCCAAUCUAAAGUAGCAAUGCAGCAAAAACUGCAAUAA